AGUACGGUAAUAGGACAUAUUAAUAUACAAAAACAGGGGGGGAUAUAAUAUUCUAUUUCUGCCUGAAUAUAAUAAAUUUUAAAUUUCAGACCCGCUCAUUAACAAGAGGGGCAAAAAAAAAAAUAUUAAUCAAGGUUGACAUAAGCUUCCUGUACUGAUGCCUUCAAUACUUCAUACCAGAGAUUGGGGUGACACCACUGUAUGGGGCAAUAGUGGAGGUGCCAGAUGGGCAUUUUUCGCUAUUUUCAUUGUGUUGGUGUUGGUGGUUAUUAUCGGAACCCUUCGUGUGAAUAGACGUCGGUCUCGUCAAGGGGUACAACCAUUAUAUGGUACUCGUUGGAUGACGCCACCGUCAUACAUUCAAUCAGAAAACCAAAACCAAAGACAGCGUAAUGAUCCGGAAGGUGUAUCUCCGUAUGUGCCUACAUACACCGCCGAGGCCACGGACCGGGACAUGGGCUACUACGAUGCUAAUGGAGAAUUCCAUCCUGCGCAAAAGGGCAGCGGUCCCAACAAGUCGCCCACUAGUGGCGGUGGAAUCACUUUUACAGGUAUGGGGUCUUCAUCCAACGGGGUGAUAUCAUCUCCUCCACCAACUCAUAAUAGAAACUCUUCUGUAAAUGACGGGAUCCCUCUUGGUGACGUGCCCCCAAGAAGAACCGACAGCAUCUCUGGAGGAGGAUAUACCUUUGAAGGUGGUGACCCGAUCCAACCACCACCAGGCCCACCACCGGGCCAAGCCGGUCACCCACUGCCAACGUUACAUGACUACCAUCACGAUGACUCUACCGCGGUGCAAUUCAACGAGGACGAAUUCUUCCGUCCUUCGGGCCCUCCACCUAGAUCAACCACCUUGGAUGGGGUGUCAUCGUCUACUCCUAGUGGCCUGGACAGCUUACCAAGCUUUUCCGAGGGUCCAAACCCACCUGUUUUGAAAACAGGCAAGGGUAAUUGAUCCCAGAGAGAUUAGUAGAUGUAUUCUUUUCUCCUCCAAUCGACAACUCUUACAUGUUGUCCUUAUGCAUAGAACAUAGACAUUUGAAGUAUGACCCGCAUGCGCUUUUAUGAUCUACAGUUAUGGAAUUCUAAUUCUAAACGAUGUGCUCAAUUUCUUCUCUAGCCUUGCAAUUAAUACCAGAGUGGCAUUAUUAGUUAAAUUAAGUAAUUUACCCAUACACCCUUUUCAAGUAAUUUUUAUUUCUAAAAUAAAACGUUUAUAAUUUAUUCAA